UGGAAAUAACAUUUAUUGUUUACGAACAUACAUGCAGUGUUUACACACUUCUUAAAUGUUGUCUUUAAUGCUGCUGAUAAACCAAAGGAUAAAAAGUCCAACGGAACACAACAAAACCACAAUAAAUGUCAACGGGUGUUAUUAACAAUAUGGAAGAACUCUAGUAACAAUCACAUUUAAAGCGACAGGACGCGAAAGUUCCGGACUACAAAUCCCAGAGUUCCCUAGAGUCGAGGCGGAGCUACCUUCAAACUGAUAGCUUUUUCACCCAAUGAGAGCCAGAAAAUUCCUAACCCACAUUCAGCCCGGCCAGAAGGGCUGGUUUCUUGGCGUGCGAACACUAAGGUAUUACGCAGACUUUCUGAACAUGAGUGGCAGUUUCAGGGCCUAAGUCUAACUACUAAAUUAUUUCUCCCCGCAUUAGUCUCCUAGUGACCUUAAUAACUCUCUACCCAACUCUGGCUCGGUGGAAACUCGAACGUCUAAAUGCUGAAACUGACGUACAUCAGUACCAGCGGAUAAAUGUAGUCGACCAGGAGAAAGGCGGAAACCGCCUUAUUCUUGCCCUUUAUUGGCCACGCAUCCCACCAAUGGGGCCAUUACACUUCCGCUAACGCAAUGUAUGGCGUGGUGGUGUGAGAGUUGUACGUACGCUGGGUCUACGAAGGGGCAGCUGUUCUGCUCUCAUCCAAUCGGAAGCUAGCAAGAAUUCCCCGGGCCUCUAUGCCCCACAGCUUUCGCGUCGCGUUACGGCCCGCCUCUCUGCAGCCGACCAAUCCUCUUGAUUUUCUUGUGCGCAUUACCCAAUCAGAGAGGUCGAGGCGGGGUUCCAGUUGACCGCUCUACGCCGCGGCGCAGCCUGCGUUUUCUCCGGUACAGGUUGAGGGCUGGCUCCUGAGGUAUAUUUUGCUGGGCCAGGCUGGGCUGGGUCCCCGGGAUGGGCAGCCCUCUCGACGAGCGGCGACGCCGUGGUUGAGUCUAGAAAGCUAAAGUCGCUGGACAUCUAUCGCAGGAGCUACGAGGGACGUGGGAGGUCUGGUCGGAGUGUGCACGUGUUGGAGGUCUCGCCUCGCAGUGGGAGUCACCGGGUCAAACCUGCUGGCCCUCGCCAAAGAACCUUCUGCGGGGAAAGACGUGUUUCCUCCUGCUCUUCACUCUCCGCGGGUACUCUCCACCACCUUCUGAGUUUAGUAUAAUCCUUUCGUAGGCCAGAAAGCAGAUUUUCUCUUGGGAAGAGACGUCCCGUAGUAUGGGAUUUGGUAGGAUACCAGCAACUGGUUUAUUAUAUCGUUUAAACCACAUGGCUAUCUGAAGAGGUAUUUGUUACAAAUAAAGUGGUGAUGAACACGUGUACAGGUGUUUGUAUGGACAUAAGUUGUCAUUUCUCUUGAGUAAAUACCUAAAAGUGGGAUUGCUGGAGUUUUACUACCCUUGGAUGCUGCUGUUGAUAUGGAAAAGAUUGAGGAACAGUUUGCUAAUCUGCACAUUGUUAAAUCUUCCUCAGGAACCAAAGAGCCCACUUACCUUCUUGGUAUAGACACAUCAAAGACUGUCCAAGCAGGAACGGAAAACUUGGCUGCUGUUUUAUGUUCUAAUGGAUCAAUCAGAAUAUAUGAUAAAGAAAGGUUAAAUGUACUACGAGAAUUUAGUGGAUAUCCUGGACUUCUUAAUGGAGUCAGAUUUGCAAAUUCCUGUGAUAGUGUAUAUUCAGCAUGUACUGAUGGCACUGUGAAAUGUUGGGAUGCUCGAGUAGCCAGAGAAAAACCUGUUCAGCUCUUCAAGGGUUACCCUUCCAAUAUUUUUAUCAGUUUUGAUAUUAAUUGUAAUGAUCAUAUUAUUUGUGCUGGUACAGAAAAAGUUGAUGAUGAUGCAUUGUUGGUGUUUUGGGAUGCAAGGAUGAAUUCUCAGGAUUUAUCUACAACUAAAGACCCACUUGGUGCAUAUUCAGAGACACAUAGUGAUGAUGUCACUCAAGUACGUUUCCAUCCCAGCAAUCCCAACAUGGUAGUCUCAGGUUCAUCUGAUGGCCUGGUAAAUGUAUUUGAUAUUAAUGUUGAUAAUGAGGAGGAUGCACUGGUUACAACCUGUAACUCAGUUUCAUCAGUAAGCUGUAUUGGUUGGUCUGGGAAAGGUUAUAAACAGAUUUACUGCAUGACACAUGAUGAAGGAUUUUAUUGGUGGGAUCUUAAUCAUCUGGAUACUGAUGAACCAGUUACACGUUUGAACAUCCAGGAUGUCAGAGAGGCAGUUAACAUGAAAGAAGAUUCUUUGGACUAUUUGAUUGGUGGCCUGUACCAUGAAAAGACAGACACAUUGCAUGUUAUUGGAGGAACAAACACAGGAAGGAUUCACUUGAUGAACUGCAGCACGUCAGGACUGACUCAUGUGACUAGCCUUCAGGGAGGGCAUGCUGCUACAGUCCGUUCUUUCUGUUGGAAUGUGCAAGAUGAUUCUUUGUUGACUGGAGGAGAAGAUGCACAGUUGUUACUUUGGAAACCUGGAGCUAUAGAGAAGACCUUUACUAAGAAAGAGAGCAUGAAAAUAGCAUCCUCUGUGCACCAACGAGUACGAGUUCAUAGUAAUGAUUCUUAUAAAAGAAGGAAAAAGCAGUGAUAAUGCAUUUGACACUUUGGUAGGUUUUAUAGUUUCAAGUAGUCCUUUUUGUUUACUACCCAUGGUAGACAUGUUUAAAGCUUUAUGUAAAAACAAGCAGUUAGCAAACAGUCCGGGAAAAAUACAAGGAGAAUGGUUUAAUUCCGGUCUUCACAUAUUCUAAAAAAUUUUAAAGCCUCUAAGUAUAAAAUCAGUGAGUUGAAAGUAAAAUUUCUCAUUUAAAGAACCCAUCUGUUAAUGUAGUAAAUGUUGGGUUUAAAGAAAUAGCUCUGAUAAGGAAUUUUUAGAAGGAGAUACCUGGUAAAACUUAGUAAAACAGGUGGUUGGCUGCAUUUUUUAAGCCCAGUUUUUUACAUUUUAAAUUGUCGUUAUUGUGUAUAAAACCAGAUCAGACUAUAUUCUUCAUUUGAGGAGCAUCUAUAUAUUUAAUACACCUAAUGUAUUAUGUUGGAGUAUUUAAAUGUAAGUAUUUUAAUGAGUAAAUAGAAUUAAACUUUUUUAGAAAUAAAAUGAUAGGCAUGUAUGUAAAAUGAGAAAAAUAUGUUUAGUAAAUAUUUGCAUCUUUAAUAUUGUUAGUAAGUAGUAAACAGGUGUUUUGCUGAUUGAAAGGAAGUUAUCUUGGUAGAUUGAGACUCAAAGUGAAAUACAAAACUGAAAAUGUUUAUAAUAGGACUCGACUUGGAGAAAUUCCUAUUCUUCCUGUUGUCCAAACCAUAAAUUUAAGGAUAACCUGGACUUUUCUCUUCCCUCUUCGCCUAACCAGUUUUUCACCAAGUCCUGUGCCAUUUCACCUCCUAACGUUUGUCAGCUAUCCUUUUGCCUUUACCUCACCACUAUUACCUUAGAGAAGACUCAUUAUUUCUCACCUGGAUUACCAGCUCGAUCCCUAAUCUGCUUUAGUUCAUCCUUCUUGCUACUUCUA